UUAGUCCUGCUCACCCAGGAGGAAGCCAGGCCCUUCUCUGCUGCGUCCUGGUCCCUGGUCGAGGAGCCAAAGGUGUUUGCUGCUUUCCUUCUCCUUCCUCCCCUUCCGUCUCCUCCCUCUGGUCUGGCUGAGAGGAAGGUCCCGAGCUGGCUGCAGCGAGGGAAGGAAGUCCCAGGGCUGGCCGCCUGCCCGGCCGUUGCAUAUCCAGCUUCCACAGGCCAGAGGCCAAGUGCAGCGGUGAGCCAGCAAAUGUGUGACAGGCGCUUGGGGCAAAAAGCCCUUGGCUGAUAGAAUUUAUUGAUUCCUGUGGUGUCAAUAUUCCCACUGUGACCAAUUUCAAGCUACCAACAUGACGUCACCGAAUGCAGACUUGGGACGAGACGUGUUACUCUCAGAGGGUGUUUCCACGGAUUCUGCUUGGUGCCCGCCUGCCUGAGGACAGCCCCACCCCUGCCUUUCUGCCUGGUGGUUUAAGUGACACUUCUCCAGAUGAAGGGUUACUAGAGGACUUGGCUGUAGAAGACAAAGCUGUGGAGCAGCUGGCAGAAGGAUUGCUUUCUCACUACCUGCCAGACCUGCAGAGAUCAAAACAAGCUCUUCAGGAACUCACACAGAACCAAGUUGUAUUACUAGACACACUGGAACAAGAGAUUUCAAAAUUUAAAGAAUGCCAUUCUAUGUUGGAUAUUAAUGCUUUGUUCACUGAAGCUAAACACUAUCAUGCCAAGUUGGUGAAUAUAAGAAAAGAGAUGCUGAUGCUUCAUGAAAAGACAUCGAAGUUAAAAAAAAGAGCGCUUAAACUGCAACAGAAGAGGCAAAAAGAAGAGUUGGAAAGGGAGCAGCAACGGGAGAAGGAAUUUGAAAGAGAAAAGCAGUUAACCGCCAAACCAGCAAAGAGGACCUGAGAAGCUGAGUGUGUCUGUGUUCUUCCUCCCCCUGCCCCCCGUUACUUGCAUGCAGGGCAGCCCAGGUGUGGGCUGGAGUGAAGGUAGUGCCUUACACCAUCGGCCAGGCUCACGUUUGCAGUCCUUUUCCCGGGAGUGCUGUCUCCGGAUCUUCAUUUCUGCCAUCAAGGAGCUUUUUGCCCCAAGUAGAGGACAAAAUGUCACUCGCUUUGAGUCUUUGAAUGUAAUUUUUCAACUUCUGUUUUGCAUCAUUUUUAAAUUCCUUACUUUGGCUUUGCAUCAUUUAUCAACGGGAAAAUGGUUUGAUUGCUUUAAUAGUCUAGACUCUAAGUGAUUAAAAACUAGUAUUUUUUAGCUUCUUGAGAAGUGUAGAUUGAAAAGAUUCCAUUUCUUUUAUGACUUGCCUUUCUGGCAAUAUAGUGCUGGUUUUUGGUAAUUGCUUUAUCGUUGCUUGGUUCAGAAGAAAUGCCAACCGUUUAAGCACAUGUGCCCAUGGAGAAGAGGUGGUGUAAGCCUUUGUGAAGAACACGAUGGAGAAAUGCAUAACGGGAAAUAAUAGCAUCUUAGACGUCGGACAGAUGGGCAAGAUUCCAGAUAGAUUCUGCUAACUGUAUGCUCUGUCUGCUUCCUAGCGUUGUUGCUCUUUAGUUUUUACGUAUUCUCUGCGUUGAGUCGAUUCUCUCUACUUCUAAAGUUUGGCAAGGGUGGUAGAGCUGUCACACACACAAAUAUGCUGAAAUAUUUCGAAUACUUAGUAAGAGUCAU